GAUGCUGGCAUCCGGGUUCAGCAAUGCACCACUAUCAAAGUAUCUGGUCAUGGUGGUAGUGGCAGCAUCACUCAUGGCCAGCAUCACCGACACCAAGCAUCUGUUCUGGAUCAUGGUCAAGCCACACAUCUCCGACUACAGACAACUAUGGCGAUGCCUUGCCUGGCCGCUGGUUUACACCAACUCGACAGAGGUCUUGUUCUCAGCCAUGACCCUGUACCAAUUGCGCAUCAUUGAGCGUCUCUGGGGCUCGCGCAAAUUCGCCGUAUGUCUAGCACUCGGAGGUNCAUUCAUUCUGGCGACACUGCCCUAUACUGUUCUGCUUCCACCUCUUCUUCUCGUUCUCAUCAUCCGACCGCUCUCUUUCUACAACAUCAAUUACCUCCCUGCCGGUCCCACCGCCAUCGUCUUUGCUCUUCUCGCCCAAUACCACGCCGCCAUCCCGUACAUGUACAAAUACCAACUCUCGGCUUCUGACUCGCCGCAAUCCUCCUCCUCUGCCAUCAACUUGACCUCGAAAUCCACAUCCUACCUCCUACCUCUUCAACUUGCGCUCUCGCAACUACCUGGCUCUGCUAUUGUUGCAGCAGUGGGCUGGCUCGUUGGUUAUGCCUACAGAACGGAAAUAUUGCCUGGAGCGGCGACGUGGAGGAUUCCGGAUCUGAGUGCUGGAAAGAGGGAAAGAGAAAGGUUCGAAGGAUUGAGGAGGCGUAUGGAGGGAGAGGCUGCUACGGCUAGUGGAUCCAGAGUUGAAGAGAGCGAUGGUGGUAGAAGAAGGACUAUUGGUGGACAACUCUUGGACCAGUUCAGAGGUUCU